GCCUUCGCCCGCAUGGGCAGCUCUCUUCUCUUCGUUAAAGACUCAUAAAUGGCGAUGUCCAGGAGGGAGAUGGAUCGGAUCAAGGGUCCGUGGAGCCCCGAAGAGGACGAGCUUUUGCAGAGCCUGGUGCAGAAGCACGGCCCCAGGAACUGGUCGCUGAUCAGUAAGUCGAUUCCCGGUCGGACGGGGAAGUCGUGCCGCCUGCGCUGGUGCAACCAGCUCUCGCCGCAGGUGGAGCACCGCCCCUUCACGGCGGAGGAGGACGACAUGAUCAUACGCGCCCACGCCGAGUUGGGCAACAAAUGGGCGACGAUCGCCCGCCUCCUCUCGGGUCGUACCGACAACGCCAUCAAGAAUCACUGGAACUCAACUCUCAAGCGCAAGUGCUCGUCCGUCUCUGAUGAUUCCGCCUUCUCCGACGGCUCUCCUUCCCAGCCGGCUCUCAAGAGAUCGGCAAGCGUCGGGCCGGGCACCAACCUGUCGGGCCCGUAUUUCAACCCGGGAAGCCCUUCCGGAUCUGAUUUGAGCGAUUCCAGUCUUUCCGGCGGUCCAGUUUUCAGGCCGGUUCCGAGAGCCGGCGUUCUAGGUCAGCGGAUCGAAACGGUCCCGUCGCCUGUCCCGGAUCCUCCUACCACCCUUAGUCUCAGCCUGUCCCUACCCGGGUCCGAUUCGGUUGGGCCCUUUAAUCAGCCGGAUCCGCCACCGCCUCCCCCGCCACAGGCGGCGAUUCAAAGCGGCCGAAGCAGUGAUUUGGAGGCUUCGAUGGAGAAACAGUUCUUCAGUCAGGAAUUCUUGGCUGCGAUGCAGGAGAUGAUCAGGAACGAAGUGAGGAACUACAUGUCCGGGAUUGAACACAAUGGAAUGUGUUUUCAAGCUGAAGCGAUUAGGAAUUCCGUGGCGAAGCGAAUUGGCAUUACCAAGAGCGAUUAAUCGAUUGAAUGAACAACGAGAUGAGAUGAGAUGAUCCAACCAACUUGGAAAACCUGAACAGAUGAGGCUUAGCAACGAGAAAGGGUCGUUCUUAACAUUCCCGACUUUUGUUAUAUAUAUAUAGAUAUAUAUAUAUACACCAAAAUAAACUUUUGGGUAGUGUACAGAUGAGAAAGGAAGGAGUUGAAGUUAUGAGAAGCAAGGUUCAAGUUCUUGUUGAAUGGCAAAUGCGAGGCGGGGAAAGGAUGGAAAAAAUGGGAAAAGAAAAUAAUCGAUUUUCUUCUCUGUUUAUCUACUGUUUUCCGUUUAGGUCACUUGAAAUGGGGAAGAAACAAAGUUUUGGAAAUGAAUUUGGACGCUAAAUGCUUAAUGCUUUAUCCAACACCUAGUUGUUAUUCCAUUCGUUUACCAAUCUGUUUUGACACA